GGUUGUUGGUUGCACGUUUUUGUUUUCAGUUGGGUAUUUCAGUUCGUUGUGUGGUGUCGUGUGAGUUGCUGUGUAAGCUAUACAAAACUAACGGCUGUUUAUAUAUAUAUAUAUAUAUUCCUUAUAUAUAUAGUAAAAAUAUUAAAUAAGUUAGUAUAAAAUCAACAGAUUUAAAAAAUACUGUACAACGAGGAGUUAAAAAGCUACGAAAAGAUUUUAUUAAAGUAAUACGUGGAAUGGCAACAGCAACUACUCGACGAAGAUGGUCGGACUUUAUAACAUGUCGUCAAGUUUUGAACAUAAUGGUGAUUCUCGGAUUCAUGUUCAACUACAUGUUACGAGUAAAUCUAACGAUUGCCGUAGUAGAUAUGGUGAUACCGACAAACGCGACAGAAGAAACGAGAAUGAAGCUAAUGGAACAGAACAAAUUCAACUGGACCACUUCGCAGAAAAACGAAGUAUUGGGAAGUUUCUUUUGGGGUUAUAUAUUAACGGAAAUACCAGGAGGCCGAAUGGCUGAAAUAGUGGGUGCUAGAAAAGUUUUCGGAGGUGGAAUGUUAUUAGCUAGUUUAUUAACGAUUCUUACACCAGUGGCGUCCACUAAUUUCUACGUACUAGUCGUUCUAAGAGCGUUAGUAGGACUCGCUUUGGGAGCUACUUGGCCUUCCAUGCCUCCAAUGGCAGCUAAAUGGAUACCUCCAAUGGAGAGAUCGAAAUUUAUGGCUAAUAUGAUGGCUAGUGCAUUGGGAGCGGCUCUAACAUUACCGGUUUGUGGUUUUUUAAUCAGUCUAUCUGGUUGGGAGUGUGUUUUUUACGUAACUGGUGCCGUAGGUAUAGUUUGGUCUAUACUUUGGUUCACAUUAAUAUACGAUUCUCCCUCGCAACAUCCGAGAAUAACCGAAGUAGAAAAAUACGAAAUUGAAACUAAAAUAGCGCAAAUGGAAGGAGGCGGUACCAAAAAUGUCAAACCCGAAAAACUACCUUUGAAAGAAAUAUUGACUUGCGCGCCCGUUUGGGCGAUUAUCGUGACCCAUGGGUGUUCCGUAUUCUGUUAUUUCACUGUUGUAAAUCAAUUACCCACGUAUAUGAAGGACGUCCUACAAUUUAAUAUUAAAAACAAUGGAUUACUAUCGAGCUUACCUUAUUUUGGUAAAUAUUUGAUGGCGGUGUUGGCUAGUUACGCGGCGGAUAAACUUAGAAAAUCCGGCAGAAUGUCGACGACUGUAACUAGAAAAGUUUUCACUACGUUCGCUUGUUCCCUUCCCGCUAUUAUGAUGGUAAUCCAAGCUUUAUGGGGGAAAACGUCCGCCAUUUCAGUAACCGUGUUCACGUGCGCCCUAUUUUUCAACGGGGCUGUUACGGCGGGGUAUCUCUCGAACGUACUUGAUAUCGCGCCGAAUUUUUCCGGUACCAUAUUCGGUAUGGCCAAUACUCUGUCUUCCAUAGCCGGAUGGGUGUCUACGAAAGUAGUGGCGGUUAUAACAGAAACGGAAAGUACCUUCCGUACUUGGAGGUACAUAUUUUGGAUAUUGGCCGGUGCUUAUGCGUUUGCGACGGUGGUUUACCUCGUUUUCGGUACCGGAAAGUUGCAAAAGUUCAAUUCUGUAGACACAACUAUCCAAGGGAAGGAAUUACAGCCGCUGAAAACGAAAUACGAAAACGGAAAAGAAGCCGAUAUCGCAUAAAAUACUUCGUCUCGUUUUACAAGAUGACGUGAAAAUGAUCUAAAACAACAUUUUUUCAAAUUAUUUUUACAAACAUAUCCAAUUGGAAAAUAAAUAAAUCUGAAGAAGUACAUUAGAACUACCUCGAUAUCAAAUUUCUAAAAUUGUAUUUUUCAAUUUUUUUAUAAUAAAGUUGUUGGGCAUUUUU